AUGCCUGAGGCGUCCCGUUGGCACCGAGGCGGGAUUCCAAACCAUAAGCUGCAGUUCAGAAAGGAAGUAGAGAGUACAAUCACACCUCAGGAGUUAUUACUCUACUUUAUUUUUUUAAUAAACCUAUGUAUAUUGGCUUUUGGGAUGGUAAACCCACAUAUGUAUUACUUAAACAAAGUUAUGUCAUCUCUGUUUUUGGAUACUUCUCUGCCUGAUGAGGAAAGAACCAACUUUAAGUCUAUCCGAAACACCAGUGAUUUUUGGAAGUUUAUGGAAGGACCCCUUUUAGAUGGUCUGUAUUGGGACUCAUGGUACAACAACCAGUUGUAUAAUUUAAAGAACAGCAGUCGCAUCUACUUCGAGAACAUACUUUUAGGAGUCCCCAGAGUCCGUCAACUAAAAGUCCGAAACAACACAUGCAAGGUCUAUUCAUCCUUUGAGUCUUUGAUAACGGACUGUUAUGCCAAAUACACUUCUGAAAAUGAAGACAUAUCUGAUUUUGGCCUUACACAUGAUACUGAAUGGAAGUAUUCUACCCCUAGUAGCAACUCCCCUUGGUACAGGGGAUUUGUUGGUGUUUACCGAAAUGGGGGAUAUAUUUUCAUUUUAUCAAAAUCAAAAUCUGAAACCAAAAACAAGUUCAUUAACCUUCAACUGAACAACUGGAUCACAAGAGGGACCAGAGUUAUUUUUAUUGACUUUACCGUAUACAAUGCCAAUGUAAAUCUGUUUUGCAUCGUCAGAUUGGUGGCCGAAUUCCCUGCAACUGGAGGAAUACUUACUUCAUGGCAGUUUUACUCUGUGAAGCUCCUCACAUACGUUAGCUACUAUGAUUAUUUUAUUGCUGCCUGUGAAAUCAUAUUUUUAAUUUUAUUUAUUGUCUUCAUAACACAAGAAGGCAAAAACAUAAAAGAAUUUAAGUCAGCCUAUUUCAAAAGUAUUUCGAACUGGCUAGAAUUACUACUUUUGGUGUUGUGUUUUGUGGCCAUUCUCUUCAACUCAUACUAUAAACUGCAAAUUUUCCUCUUACUUGAAAAGCUGUUAAAAAACACUGAAAAUUAUUCAGACUUCUAUUUUCUUGCAUACUGGCACAUUUUUUACAACAAUAUAAUUGCUAUUACCUUCUUCUUUGCGUGGAUAAAGAUAUUCAAAUUCAUAAGCUUUAGUAACACAAUGUCUCAGCUGUCAUCAACCUUCUCCCGCUGCACCAAAGACAUAGUAGGAUUUGCCAUUAUGUUUUUUAUAAUAUUUUUUGCUUAUGCCCAGUUAGGAUUCUUUGUUUUUGGAUCACAAGUUGAAGAUUUUUCCACUUUUCAAAAUUCCAUAUUUGCACAGUUUCGAAUUAUUCUUGGGGAUUUUAAUUUUGCUGCUAUUCAGCAAGACAGUCGUAUCUUGGGACCCAUUUACUUCAUCACCUUCAUCUUUUUCGUGGUCUUUAUAGUGUUGAGCAUGUUCUUGGCAAUAAUUAAUUAUACCUAUUCGGAAGUGAAAGCUGAUUAUUCAAUAGGCAGAAAGCCAGAUUUUAAACUUGGCAAAAUGAUUAAAAAGAAUUACAACAGUGUCCUCAGAAAACUCAAACUAAAGAAACCCGAAAAGUAUGAAGACAGUAAAAGUGAGAAAGGCAGAGAUUUGGCUGAACAAGCCAGAAGAGAAGGCUUUGACGAACAUGAGAUUCGAAGUGCAGAGCAGAUGAAAAAAUGGAAAGAGAGGCUUGAGAAAAAGUAUUAUUCUACAGAAAUUCAAGAUGACUACCAGCCUGUCACUCAAAAAGAAUUUCGAGACCUCUUUUUAUAUGCUGUGGAGCUGGAGAAAGAAUUACACUACAUCAGUUUAAAAUUAAACCGAGUGAUGAGAAAGGUUUCAGCUCUGCCCUACUGAGACAAGUGGAGGUGAGAAUCUGUGAUGCAGUCAUUGUACAUUUCUAACAAAGGCUCAUUCCUGUACUGAUUUCCUAAACUUGUCCCCAUUUCCAAUAUACUUUAAAAGCACUAAACCACCUAUCAUCAAAAUAUUGCCAGAGUCAAUGAUAAUCAUCAAAUGAUUUCUGGGACUUAAGUGCCCCUGGAGGCGACCUACUAUACAAUCCAUGUAUAUUACAACAUGCCUCCAAAGUACAUACAUACUGGUUCACACGGACGAUUUUAUAAUGUUGUUAUUAAAUUCUAGGAAUAUGAAGGGAAAAGUAUAAAAUAAUGCUUAUAGUUCAUGGUGCAGGUCUCUAACCAACAGUUCAAUACGUAGGUAAAGACAGUUUUCUCAAUGUUCCACAGAGUGUAAGAACUGUCAGUGCUCUCACCAUGUACCAUGUUCCAAGUUCCUCUAACAGGUAAUAAAUGCACAGGACUCUGCAAAGCCAUCAUACGAUGGCUAAAGUAAAAUAAUCUCAUCUCCACUCUUUCCAAUUUGAAGUCUCCUAUAAAAAGCCAAAGUGUUAAAGAACUUUCAAAUCACCUACAGAAAUUUUACUAAUACCUUUGAACUGGAAAUUCAUCUACACGGUUUCUAAAGUAGCAUCUAAAGUUUCCCCAAAGUGCUUCCUCAACUACUUUAAAAGCAAAAUACACUUUAAAAAAUAAAGAGCAAGGUAGGAGUAUCAGGGUUAUAAAAAGUCAAGUUGUGUUUGGAAAGUGUAAAUGAGGCUACUGCAAAAGCUCUGUUGGAUGGUUGGAAAGUUAUGAAUGGCUGGGAUUCUGGAAACUAGAAGGAAACUUCUCUAAUUUUUUUUAGGUUACAUAAACCCUCCUAGAAGAAACUUGUUCUCUUAGCCCAAGCAACAGCAUUUGACCAUAGUACUCAAUUUCCACAUUGCUGUUCAACAGUUCUGGAUUUUAAAAUUUGAAUAAAGGGAGUUUUAAAUCUACCCACCUUCCCCAGGCCAAACUCUUAAGAGACUGUACACCAAGUUUUCUUAAUAGGAUAAUUCAAAGCAACAAGAAAUGCUGACUAUCCUCUCUGUAUCUUCUCCUACAUUCUCACAAGGGAAACAACAUGGCCUUUCCCUGUCUUACCACUCCCCAGAGCUGGAGCCAGCCAGAUGGUUUACUAACCCUGUUGUCCCCACAUAUAACCGCAGGUUGGGGUAAUUCAAACAAAGUCUGAGGACGUUAAGACAAG